AUCUCUAUAUAAUAUCUACAUUCUUAUUCUCACAAAUCACAACCAAACCUCAAAACAAAACCUCUUUUUUCUCUCUACCAAACAUGGCAACAAUGUUUACUCUUCUUUUCCUUCUCCUAACUCUACUCUCAUUUGCAACAUCAACACCAUCAAGUUUCAUCAAAACCUCAUGUAGCACCACACAAUACCCUACACUUUGUGUUCAAUCUCUAUCUGUCUAUGCAUCCACAAUCCAACAAGAUCCACACCAGUUAGUCCAAACAGCUUUAUCCCUUAGUCUCAACAAAACUCAAUCCACAAAAGGCUUUGUUACAAUGUGCAAAAGCUUCAAAAAUCUUAAACCAUCAGAAUAUGCUGCUCUUCAUGAUUGUGCUGAAGAAAUCAGUGAUAGUGUUGAUAGGCUUAGCCGUUCAUUGAAAGAGCUUAAACUCUGCAAGAUCAACGGUCAGGAUUUCAAUUGGCAUAUAAGCAAUGUGGAGACAUGGGUUAGCUCAGCUUUGACAGAUGAGAGCACUUGUGGGGAUGGAUUUAGUGGAAAAGCACUUGAUGGAAAAAUCAAAGCUUCUAUUAGAUCUAGAAUGGUUAAUGUUGCUCAAGUUACUAGUAAUGCUCUUUCACUUAUUAAUCAAUAUGCUGCUAAACACUAGGUAGAAAUCAAACACUAGGAAUCAAAGGUUUUGCUUUUAAGGUUGUUGAGAAUGCCUUUAAUGUUGUUGGUUCCUUUUUUAUUUUGUUUUAAUUUAUGUGGUGUGUAAUGUGUAAUUACAUCUAUAUCUAUAUAUAUAAAGAGAUCACAAAACUUUGUCAA